GGGCUCUCCUCCGGUGUGGAGGCAUCAUGGCCGCUAAAUCAGACGGGAGGCUGAAAAUGAAGAAGAGCAGCGACGUGGCGUUCACCCCGCUGCAGAACUCGGACCACUCGGGCUCGGUGCAGGGAUUGGCUCCGGGCUUGCCGUCGGGGUCGGGAGCCGAGGACGAGGAGGCGGCAGGGGGCGGCUGCUGCCCGGACGGCCGCGGCUGCUCGCGCUGCUGCUGCUGCUGCGCCGGGAGCGGCAGCUCCGGGGGCUCGGGCGGCUCCGGCGGCGUCGCCGGCCCGGGCGGCGGCGGGGCGGGCUCGGCGGCGCUGUGCCUGCGCCUGGGCAGGGAGCAGCGGCGCUACUCACUGUGGGACUGCCUCUGGAUCCUGGCCGCCGUGGCCGUGUACUUCGCGGACGUGGGUACGGACGUCUGGCUCGCCGUGGACUACUACCUGCGCGGCCAGCGCUGGUGGUUCGGGCUCACGCUCUUCUUCGUGGUGCUCGGCUCGCUGUCGGUGCAAGUGUUCAGCUUCCGCUGGUUUGUGCACGAUUUCAGCACCGAGGACAGCGCCACAGCCGCAGCUGCCUCCAGCUGUCCGCAACCUGGAGCCGAUUGCAAGACGGUGGUCGGCGGUGGGUCUGCAGCCGGAGAAGGCGAGGCUCGUCCUUCCACGCCGCAAAGGCAAGCAUCCAACGCCAGCAAAAGCAACAUCGCUGCGGCCAACAGCGGCAGCAACAGCAGCGGGGCUACCCGGGCCAGUGGCAAGCACAGGUCUGCGUCCUGCUCCUUCUGCAUCUGGCUCCUGCAGUCACUCAUCCACAUCUUGCAGCUCGGGCAAAUCUGGAGAUAUUUCCACACAAUAUACUUAGGUAUUCGAAGCCGACAGAGUGGGGAGAAUGACAGAUGGAGGUUUUACUGGAAAAUGGUAUAUGAGUAUGCGGAUGUGAGUAUGCUGCAUUUGCUAGCCACCUUUCUGGAAAGUGCUCCACAGUUGGUCCUGCAGCUCUGCAUUAUCGUACAGACUCAUAGCUUACAGGCCCUCCAAGGUUUCACAGCGGCAGCCUCCCUCGUGUCCCUGGCCUGGGCUUUGGCCUCCUAUCAGAAGGCCCUCCGGGACUCUCGAGAUGACAAGAAGCCCAUCAGCUACAUGGCGGUCAUCAUCCAGUUCUGCUGGCACUUCUUCACCAUCGCCGCCAGGGUCAUCACGUUUGCCCUCUUUGCCUCGGUUUUCCAGCUGUACUUUGGGAUCUUCAUCGUCCUUCACUGGUGCAUCAUGACCUUCUGGAUCGUCCACUGUGAGACAGAAUUCUGUAUCACCAAAUGGGAAGAGAUUGUGUUCGACAUGGUGGUGGGGAUUAUCUACAUCUUCAGUUGGUUCAAUGUCAAGGAAGGCAGGACACGCUGCAGGCUAUUCAUUUACUAUUUUGUGAUCCUUUUGGAAAAUACAGCCUUGAGUGCCCUCUGGUACCUCUAUAAGGCUCCCCAGAUUGCAGACGCAUUUGCCAUUCCAGCGCUGUGUGUGGUGUUCAGCAGCUUUUUAACUGGUGUUGUUUUUAUGCUGAUGUAUUAUGCCUUCUUUCAUCCCAAUGGACCCAGAUUUGGGCAGUCACCAAGUUGUGCUUGUGAGGACCCAGCCACUGCCUUCACUUUGCCCCCAGACGUGGCCACAAGCACCCUACGGUCCAUCUCAAACAACCGCAGUGUUGUUAGCGAGCGUGAUCAGAAAUUCGCAGAGCGGGAUGGGUGUGUACCUGUCUUUCAGGUGAGACCCACUGCCCCAUCCACCCCAUCAUCUCGCCCACCACGGAUUGAAGAAUCAGUCAUUAAAAUUGACUUGUUCAGGAAUAGGUACCCAGCAUGGGAGAGGCAUGUUUUGGACCGAAGCCUCCGAAAGGCUAUUUUAGCUUUUGAAUGUUCCCCAUCUCCUCCAAGGCUGCAGUACAAAGAUGAUGCCCUUAUUCAGGAGCGGUUGGAGUACGAAACCACUUUAUAAAGCAAAAGGAGUUGCAGGACCCACAACAUAGAGAUGAAGGGGUGAUAGCAGGGCUGUGGCCAUAAUGACACUUCAUCCUAGAGCAGGGCAGUGAGCUGUGAAGUUCCUAGUGUGACCGUCAUCACCAUUAUCAUUUGAUCCUGUUGGCUGGGGGCAGCUGGUCUCCUUCCAAAGCAGCUGCACCCGAGAGUCUCUGACUCCACCUGAAAGAAUGAUGCUGGCUUAGUAGGACUCUCCAUUGCUACCAAACUCCUCCUGCACGGUCUUGGGUGCACCCACCAGAGGGUACUAUUAUUAUGGAAAAAUUUGCCUCCAAUCAUUAGGGUGUCUUGAUGGUGUUAACUGAUCUUUCCAUAAAAAUAGAUUCAGUCAUACACACAUACACACACUAACACCAGUCCUCUGUCAAAAAAAGCUUAGGUGACUUUUCUUGAUGCAAAGCUCUGAUUCCCGCAGGAAUAUAAAAACAAAGAAAGAGAGAAAUAUCCCUCAAGAAAAAAAAAAUAGUAUUGCUUAGAAAAGAAUUCAUAAACCAUUUUCUCCUUUGGAAAUCCAUACCACGUGUGAAAAUCCUAUCCAAUGGACAGCAAACCCAAAUGUUGUUUACACAUGUGUUAGCAUUGAUGGAAUGGUUCAUUUUCUACACAUUUCAGGAUUUGUUUUAUAUUUUAAAUUUUCUGUUGUGAAGAUCCUUUUUGACAGAAAUCCUAUGCAGCCCAUGUACGGCUUUCGACAAGACCAAGGAGCUCAAUAACUUUAUGAUGUAAAUUAAAUAGUAAUCAUGAUUCAGUAUUCAAUUGCAAAAAUGUAAUAGGUACACAAAGAGGAAGUGGGGAAAAAGGCAAAAUGAGAGUCUGAUUCCCAGGCAUGUGCAGCGCCUAUUGGGACAUAACGGCAGUGCUGCAUGAACCAGAGGAAUGGGCUGCAACUGGAUCUGUUUCCAGACGCAGAAUGAGUGGCUCUGUGUGACAAUAGGCAGACGCCGACUCUGGAAGACGCCGACUCUGGAAGACGCCGUGCCACUCCUUUCUAGUGCCAAACACCAUCCAACCACAGGACUGAUGUGGAAGCCCCGAACAACUGAGAAUGAUUGGCAUGAGCCCCCUAAAAGCAGGCAAGAGAACAAGCAAUCAAGUUCUCCACUGUGUACAGACUUUUGCUCCCCGCAAUCCAAGGUCAAAGUGAUAUGUCUUUUAGAGGCUUUGGGACACUUUUUAGUAAGUAUGAGCAGACAGAUGCAAUGAAUAUGCUAUGAAAAAACCCUUCUGAACUGAUAGAGGGCUUAUCACUAUAUCCAGCUAAGAUUUGUAUUUGAAUCAUCUGUAAAGUCGCACUCUUACAACAAGCUUCUGGGUUUUAAAUACCUCCGUACAGCAAGUAAACGUUCCCCGCUUUCUGUUCUCAGUGUCCUUGGUCAUGGUGCUUUUUGUUGCAUUAAAAGUGCCGGUCAAACUUUGAUAGUAUUUUUUUAUAGUUGGUGCAGAGUGGAAUAACUCAUGGAUUAUUUCAAUAUUUUUGUAAUAAAAAAUAUAGGGUAUACACAUAGGCAUCAUCACUUUUUUUAUAGACCUGGAAUCGUUUAAAAUACUUUAAGCGUCAUAAUUACUUGGGAUGUCAGAACCUGGUCCACAAAUUCCAUCAGCCUGCCUCAGCAGAUUGAAAACAUUUGUCUUUUGCAAGAUCACCCUACUUUGCAAGUUGGUGCCCCCAGGAACCUGGCCAGGGGUGCUAUCAGAAUAUCAGGUGAAGAGAGAAUCAGCUUAAAUAGAAAGGGCUUGUCAAGACUGGCCAAUGUUUCCCAGGAAAUCAAAGAUGUAAAUGAUUACUUUCAUCCAUCCAUUAUAACAAACCUGACCACAGUGGAAGAUGUCUUAAACUUCCUUCCCUGGUUUUAUAUUAACCCAACUGAUAGAUUAAGUAUUAGUCAAACCACUAAAAAA